CUUUUCAGAAGCUCAGCAUUUUUGGCAAAUCUGCAUUCUAUUUUGCGCGCUAAGUUCAACUCCGACUGGAAAUAACUGAAACACCAAUGGAGUCUGAAGUCUUUCCCCAAGAUCCGUCCCCUCCAGAUCUGGUUCCAGCUGAUGAAAACUGCAAUGUGACCCUGAAAUCUGGUGAUGGUAACAUAGAUGAUGACACAACUGAGAAUGAGUUCGAUGUCCAAGACAAUAUGGAGAUGGUGAUUGGAAAUUCCCAAAAUAACAACACUAAUGGUGGGACAGAAAUUUGUACCAUAUCAAGUAUGGGAAAAGCAGAACUGUCAGAAAAGGACAUGAAAGAAAGUGAUGAAACUAAAACAUUUGAGAUGAAAUCGGACGUGUCUGAUGUUGUUGUUGAUAUCGACGAUGCAAUCAGUGAAAAUUCUAAUCAUAAUAUUCAAGAUUUCAAACCAGGUGAAGUAACAAAUGAUGAGGGAACGUCUUCUGGAGAAUAUAAUGAUUUUUGUGGAGAGUACGGAGAGGCUGUGGCUGAUGGGUAUGGAUUUGGUGAAAAUGCCAAUCUGCCGCAAUCAUUUGUGAUGCCACUUGACCCUACUCUUGGAGAAUAUGGUGAAGAUAGUGGUUCUGAUUUCAUGACCGAGGCUACUCAGCCUGAACCUUUGCCAUUUGAAACCAACAAACCAGAGAGAGAGGAUGGUUGCGGCCAAGAAAGUGAUGGGAAUGUUCAUCUUGAUGACCUUGUUGUCCAAAGUUUAGCAGGAUCCGUCGCAAUGAAUGGUAUCGAUGGGAUAUUUUAUGAUAAUGAGGCGACCAAUGGUGAAGGCAUGUCAUAUGUCCUAGAUGGAGAGCUUGCCUCUGCAGAAAUUGAUCAUGGUUAUGGAGAGAUUGCUUCUGAAAGUGUCCAUAUAUACAGAGAUUUUGGGUCCUCAGAAACCAGCCACACAUUUGGUGAUGUUGCAUCUGCAGAAAGUGACCACACAUACUGCAACAUUGCAUCCUCAGAAAAUGACCAUACGUUCACAGGUCUUGUGUCCGCAAAAGGUGACCACACAUACAGAGAUCUUACUUCACCAGACAUGCCAGAAAGUGAUCACACAUACAACCAAAUGCCUACUAUAACUGCCAGGGGUAUUUAUGGAGAGACUGGUGAACUGUUGGGCUUCUCCAAUAUGGAUGCUGGUGAAAGUCCGGCCACUGGUUCAGAUCUGACUGAGGACAUCGACGCGCCAUGCGGCCGAGGCCUCGUAACUGGUUCUGAUGACUCGCCAGGUAAACCAUACAGUUGUGACCCAAUGAAUGUUGUCUGUGACCAGCUGUUAGAAAUACAGCUCCAAGAUGAUCAGACUGUCCCCACUGUUGUUGAGACUGGUCCCCUCGAUGAUAGCGUGAGCAGCCAGAAUGAUGACGCCUCCCUGAUGCAGCAGCUUCACGAUGCACUAGAAGAUGACAGGAUGGUUGAUAUGAAGAGGGUGAUAGAGAGGAUGGAUCCUGACAUCAGGCGUGAUGAGGCGAGCUGGCUACGUUUGUAUGAUGUGUUGGAGAAGCACCACCAGGAUCAGCUGAUGUACCAGUGCCAGCAGCAUGAUCGUCGUGUUAACCAGAUCAAGAGCCAGAUUAACAGUGAAAUUAAUCUCCAGCAGGACAGCCUUGAGCGUAGGCUGGCCACUCACAAGAGGGCUCUAAAAAAAGCGGACCUUGUUUCCUCAAAGACGAGCUUUGAGUCUCCAACGAGACAUUCGAGUAUUGGCCAACUCUCUCCAUCCAAACUUGCCACACCUACUCUUGACAAGUAUGAGGCAAAAGUGUCUCCUUCCCAUCAUCCCAUCCCUGAGGAGCUGGUGGAGACCAUCGUCCCAGAGACCAAGCAGAGAGAGGGCCUGUAUGGUACAGAUGCUGUCACUUCGCAGCUGCCUGAAGACUUUGGCCAGGAUGACCUUCAGCGUGAUGAACGCCAGAAACAGAAAAAGGACCUCCUCUCCCGCUUUGAUCUUGAGACGCCCGUCAUGAAGGCCCUAAGCUUCCCACUCUACUCUCAGUUGGGUGCGAAAGAUUCUGGAUAUCAGUCGCCGAGGACUCGGUCAAUCUUUAAGAAAACUGGGACUCGUUUGUCUGAUGCUUCUGACUUUGUCAGUCCCCCUUUGAUGCAUUCCAAGCGGACCAGUCUUGAGGCCGAACGAAGCAAAUCAAGUCAAGGUUUCUAUGAACCAGCACUAGCAGAGAUAACCAAACAGUGGGGACCAGUGACAGGCCAGGAGAGUCUAGUAUACCGUGCCACAUUUCAGGAUGACGUUCAUGCUAGUCAUGCUGAUCAUGCUAAUAAAGAUGACUUCUAUGAUCUCCCUGAGAAAAUAAAGCUUAUAUUGGAGGGGAAAAAGAGCAAGGAAAUGUCCCUUCCAAGCCAGUCUGAUCUUAAAGCUUACUUACUUGAUGAAAACAUGCCUGCCGAUCCGUCCAGUCCUCGGGAAGCCAUGCACGAAGAAUCUGCUAUGAACACAACCUUCACUAUCUCAGAAAGUGAAGAAGAUCAUCCACAUGCAUUCCAGCCUGGUGAAAAAUCUAAUGAGGUGUCGCCGAAAUCUCCACAUCUGACAAACUUUGAUUCUCCGUUUGGUCCAACUGAUGCCGAGUUGGCUGAAAUGGAGGGUUUUCUACCCGGACGGUUCAGUUCAAGUCCUGACCGUGACCACAGGACACCACCAAAGUCUGGUGGACAGGAGGCAGUCGCUGACCGCAGCCAUCUGAGUACAUUCUCUAUGCUGAAAGACAACAGCCAGUCUCCAGGCAUAGCCGACUGCAGUCUCCGUGAGGAGUUGGAAGGCGGUGAAGAGGCAGUGGCAGAGACCAGUCAUAUCAGUGGUUUUAAGCUUGACGGGAUGGAUAUGUAUGAACCCAAGGUGCAAGCACUGGAGGGAGAUAUUACUGUCUCAUCUAGCGUGCGGAUGUGUCAUUUCCUUCAAGAGUGCUGUAGUGGCCUUGAGAACAAAGUGGAUACGCUACAAAGGGAUAACCAUGAGAAGCAGAGACAGAUCUGGCAGUAUGAACACAAAGUGGAUACUUUGGAGCGGAAAUUCAACCUUUCUGAAAUCCAGCGCAGGACUCUCGAAUCUCUCGUUGAAAAGUUAAACAAGCACAUAAAAGAGAAAGAUGAAGAAGUGCACAUGCUUCAGAACGACAACCGAAGAAUGGCUAAUUCCUUGGAGGUCUCUCAGCGUGUGUUUGAUGACUUUGAGCAAAUGUCUAGAGAGAAGCGUGCACUACAGUCUCAGGUCAACAACGUUGAAAGUGCACUGUUUACUGCUCAAUCUGACAUGACGGGAUUGGUGAGGCAAAUCAGCAAGUUAGAGUUGGAAAACAAGAGGUUGACCAGGGAGUUUGACACAGUCAGGAGGAAUUCUCAGUCCUCGGGAUCAUCGUCGCGAAUAUUUGGAAGUGUGUACGAAACUAAUGAACCAACGGCAAUACCAGCUGCCUCGCAUCCCGUGCUGCCAAUUGUGAAAACCACUGAUGUGCAUAUGAGUUCGAGUGUUGGAGAAACAGAACGGUUUUAUCAUAGCGUACUGGGUGGCUCAUAUAGAAGUGAAUCAUCACAGGUUCCAUCCUCACAGAGAUCUCCAUCACCGCUCAUCCAGGCCGAUCACCAACUCCAGCGGCUAAGACUUGCAGCGGAAGCCCACCAAGCCUCAAGAACAAAUGGUCGGGAAUAUGGCAGACACGAUGCCAACCUCCUGGAAGUCACGAAAGAAGACAAAAGAAGCAUCACUCCAACGAAUAAUGUGUCGCCACCCACUAACGACACCAGUGUCAUCAACGCACCUCAUGUUAAACCAAAACGACGGAUGUCUUUGGGGAGGUCUCCGAGGCGUAGUUUAGGAGCAGAGUUCGAGACGAGUAAUCUUUUGGCACAUUCUCGCUUAUUUUUGCGGGAGAAGCAUGAACGUGCUUUGGCCGGUAUUGACAGUGAUGAAAUGGAUGAUUCGGGCUCUAGACACAGCCAAGAUGGCACAAAUGACUUGGAUGAAACGUUGACGAAAGUGAAAAGUGGUGUUUAUCGGUCAAUACCAGAAUACGAGAGACCAUCCGGACCAUCAGGAAAAGACGACAGACGAUCUCUUCCAUAUGCCAGCAGUGAGGAUUCCUUUGAUGGCCAUGAAAAACCUGCUUCCAGCAAAUCUCAGAAUGUGACGAAAAGUCUGUUUUCAAAUUCUAUCGAGGAAACUGUUCAACACAUCUCCACUCUUGAAAAGCGAUUUGACCAGUUGCAGAUGGAAAAACGACAGCUGGAGUCUGCACUCAGCCAUGUUGGAUCAAGAGGACCGAAAGCAAUGACCGAUCGAGAACGUCUCGAAUCCGUCCUGGAUAAAAUCGACAAGGAAUUGGCUUCAAUACGUAUGAACUUGAAGAAGUACAACGUGCUGUGAUCUGGACCAAACACUGUGACUGUCCUCCUGGGUAGAAUAAACUUGGCCAAUGGAACAAUAGGUUUUAUCAUAUGACACAUUGGAGCUUUUGUCAAAUGUUAGGUUUCAAAUGAAGGAGCCAGAAAUGAAAGGCAUAGAAUCAUACUGUAGGCUAAGUUAGUACCAGUGAUGAGUUAACUCAACCAAAAACUAAAGGAAAUACUCCAUGUUACUUAGCCUAGAUAUGGCUCUGUGCCCUUCACUUGACGCAAGUGGUUUUUGAUACUGUAUAUGCCUUAGUGAAUUCUCUUCAUAUCGUUUACAGUUAAAAUUUGUUUAAAAGGGUAACUGAUUCAUUGCCAAAUUCUGAUUUUUGUGAUGCAUUUGAUAUUUGUCUUUGAGUUUGAUACUGCCAUUCGCGUUUACCAAAAUGUCCUUGUUCACUCAGUUAUUCUCGAUGAAAGCAAAUUUGUUGCAGUGGUCUGCGAAAGUGCUUUGCUCAAUCACAUGUCUCAUAAGUUGGUGCACUUUCAGACCAAAUUGAAUGCAUAUCAGUAUUUCCACAAUGCCUCUUUGUGGUGUUCUCCAGUCCACUCAUUCGUUGUUAUUUUUAUUGUCACACCUGGCCAUCUCUGCCAGUGGCAUCCUCACAGUUUGUGAGAUUAAGCUUUUAGAAGUUUGCAUUUAGCCCCUUCUAUUGUUUUCGCCCAGCAUGGUGCAAAAACUGAUAAGUUGGUAUUCUAUUCCUUAAACUUUGAUUGAAAAAGAAAAGCCAGGCUCUCAUUACACAGUUUGAGGGGAUUCACAUUUCACGAUAUUGAGCUGUUUUAUUGCUUACCAGUACUGUGUGGACAAUCACUGAGUAACCUAUGCAUUUUGUUUGUGGGGAAUCUGUCCAGGACAUGGCCGUGACAGGAAACAAUCAAUCUUAAAUUGUCUAUUUUAUGAUAAAGUUAUGAGCAAAUUUGUCUGACAAGUAUAUCAUGGAUAUGUUUCUUAAUAGAUACAUGUUGGUUUCCUCUCGCAAUCUUUCUAUAGGGUGACAUUUCUAUAAACUGAAAAAUGGGAGUGGCCAGUUUUAUUUGUAUUUUGAUCACAAGUUGAAGGUUAAGUUUUAGUUAACAGUUGCACGGCGUUCAUAUUUUUGUUUUUGUUUAAAACUCGUUGCUCGGGAAACAAAUUUUGGUGCUGUACACAACAGAGAAGUAUUGCAUCUAUAGCCCAGUGAAUUAUCUUUUGAAAUGCCUUGUAGUGGUACAGUUUCUUAAUACUAGUAGUCGCUGUGGUCAACUGUACACUUGUAUUCUGGGAAGAAAGAGUCCAUUGACUUUGUUAUUUGUUUUGAAGGGGGAGCAAGUGCACAUACUAAUUUGGCAGAGAUUGGGCAUUACCAAGGGUGGAUGUUUUCCCGAAUGUUAGAACUGACAACCUUUUAUAACAGGGGAUGGUCGGUGGACUCUUCUUUCCUUUAAUAUGUAAUUAGAAGUAUCCACAGUUGUAGUAAUCUUGAUAAUAUUUGUACAUAAUGAUAGGAUAUUUUCAGAUGAGAUUUGAGGCAGGUCCUCGAUAUACUAUUGUAAAGGCGAUGAUAAAACUCUGAGAGUUUGUAAUUUGAUGUUCAAUAUUAGAUGGCUUAGUUGAUUAGUUUGUUUAAAAUAAAGCCAGAGAUGGAGUCCAGAUUUUUGUAAUGUUAACUUGAAAUUCCUUGUAAGGCUCCACCCUGACCACACUUGAAGUGGUGCAACGAAGGAGCAUGUUAAGUCAAGUGCCACUCUCGGCGAAAUUGAGUUCUUGUUAUAUUAUGUCCAAUCUUGUUCAUCAGACUGCCCCCUGUUGACUGAAACUAGAAUCAUUGUACUAUCAAGUGGCACCAGUCUUGAAAUCUAAAAGACCAAGCCAAAAAAUUCAAGAUCACUUACAGCAUGAUCCUCUUCUACUGCUAAGUACAGCGCUUUAUGUAUUCGGAUGACGUCAUUGCUGCCAACUGCUUUGACAAGGUCCAACCAAUUAAUGAAAACAGAAGUCUUACCUCGAAUAGACCGCAAUAGCUCUUGGGUCCUUGCAGCCACGCCCUCCUCAAGAACUAAUAAAGACUUUGCUGGUGUGUGUAGGGUUAAAACAUAAAGCAUUUUGGGGGCAAUUGGGUGAAUAUUACAUUUUUAUGGUGCUCUGAAUCAAUUUUUAUCCUGUAGUUUGCUCAUGAUAAAAGCCUACUAAAUCUUCUUCAAUUUCUUUCAGUUGAUUAAGAUGCAGAAAUGAGCAUGCAAGGUCUUAAAUCUUGCUUCCAUAAAUGUCUGUGUCUGCUUUGUUUACAAAGUACAUUGUCAAUCACUAUCAUGAUUGUGUCAAGGUGUACAUGUCCAUGUCAGCUUUGUAUUGGGCUUAGAGACCAGGCAGAUUCUGACUGAAAAAGAGAUGUUUUCCUGGUUGAGAAUUUGUACUGUAUUUUCUCGGAAAAAAAGCUUGUCAGACAUAUUUAUGUCUUUCACAAGUUUUGGAUACUCAUUCUUUUUGUAAAAAAAUAUGUUAGAAACUAU